AUGACGUUUUCAUAACCUGUAUACAUACUGUAUACCUAGUGUGUCAAGCUUCAGCUUGUGUUUUCGUUUUUGUUUUGUUUGAUACUAUAUUGUGAUUAAAAAUAUUAUUGUGGACUUUACUAUGUAUCUGUAAUCGUGGUAUAAAAAGUGAGUGCAAGACAUUUAUAUACGUUGAGUAGACACAGUGAACUUUUUCGCGCCUAAAAAAGUGAGACAAAUUAUCUAAAAAAUUAAUAUCUCUAUAUAUUGGAUGUAAAACUUUUUGGUUAGUGCUAAAAUGUUUCCGCCAGUAGUUCGUUUAGAAUUCAGGUAGAUUUGAAUCGAUGUCGAGGCGAAAUUUAGCCCACCCUCCUAAACCGACUAAAGUGGGGUCCCCCGCCCUCCGUAGGGGAAGUAAGGGCAGACAAAGGGUAGUCACCCUAUUCGGAGGGGAGCCUUUGGCGGUUGCGAGCGGUAGGGGAAGGAAUUUACUAUUUCAAGUUCUUUUUUAACGCGCCUCGCAAGUGUGGGGAACUUUGUGACCUCGUGAAUUUUUGUUUUUGGUCUGAGAAAGUUUUAAAAGUGUUCCCAAUGUCUCUGGAAGAUCAAUUAUUCGAAGAUCCGGACUCCAUGGAGUUGAUGUUAAAAAAGGCUUUAAUAGCAAAAGGCAAGUUAGCAACAAUAACCACUGAGAAAGGAGUAACACAGUUCACAUGCAUGCAAUGUUCAGCUCAAUAUGAUGCCAAGGAGAAGAUAGAGUUGCAUCUAUUCUCGCAUUAUCAUGCAUAUAGAUACUUGUGCCCUGUCUGUGGAACUGGUUUAAAACGCAAAGAGCACCUAGACAGACACAUGCAGGAACACACCGAAUACCGUCCGCAUAUCUGCCCGGACUGCGGGAAGGCCUUCAAGAGGAAGGAGCACCUAAACAUACACAGCUCAAUACAUAAAGGAGACAAGGCACUCUCCUGCACUCUUUGUGAUAAAUCUUUUUACCGCAAGGACCACCUCCAGAAGCACCUCCAAACACACAACAAGUACAUUCUACAGUACAUGGAUCAGAACAAUAUUUCAUUGACUGAGCCGGAGCUGGACAUCAAGGAGGAAGUGGAAGACUUUGAUGACAUCCAUCCAAUAAUAACGAGCGUUCAAAGCAUUGCUGAGUGCGACACAUCAUUGGAGAUGGAUGACAAAAAUGACUCCUCGACGGAUUACUGCCAGGACUUUCCCAAAGACGUGGGGAUGUACGACAUCACACGACCGCAUCUGUGCACGGAAUGUGGAAAGAGUUACAAGAGAAAAGAUCACCUAAAGAUCCACAGCUGGACUCACAAGAAGAAGGAAGUGUUAUGCAGGCAGUGCGGAAAAGCAUUUCACACGGAGGACCAAAUGAUGGUGCACGUGAAUUUGGUCCACAUCCGAUCGCACGAGGGUGGCGGUGGCAUAUCGCAGCUCAAAGCUAUGUUGGGCGACCAGAUCGACGUUGAAGUUAUUAAACCGUCCCAACUAUUAGUGCAGAGAAGGAGUGAUUCAGACGAGUACAGACCUCACGAAUGUCCGAUAUGCCACCGCAAGUUCAAGAGGAAACAGCAUCUUAAAGUGCACGCCAACGUCCACCUUAAACAGCCGCAUGCUAUCUGGUGCUCCAGAUGUAAUGAAGGUUUUACUACUAAUGAGCAAUUUGGGAUACAUAAUUGCCAAUGGUUAAACUAUGAUCUCAGUGAGAACGGUGAAAACGGAGAAUUCGAAUCGGCGCAAGAGAGUCUACCUCUGGAAGCUAAGAAAGAAAAUAAUCCCAUGGAAUUAGUUGAGGUGGUAGUGGAUGAACCAUCAUCAGACAUAUCAGUGGAAUCCGAAGCUCACUUGCCGACACCGCGGCGUGUAUUCGUCUGCAAGUUCUGUUCCAAGCCCUUCAAGCGGAAAGACCACUACAAGAUACAUCUACAUGUACACACUGGCAUCAAGUCCUGCUUCUGUCCCGAUUGCGGGAAAGGUUUCUACCGCAAAGACCAUCUACAAAAGCACAUGAUAGUGCACGCGAAGUUCAAGACGCGGCCACGACCACGAAAGGAGAUACCAGACCUCUUCCCGAUUAAUAUGAUGGCCAGGAAAGAGGUUAAGCCGGAGAUCACAAUACGAGCACCGUCCAACGCGAAGUUACGUGUCCCGCUGCAGAUAAAGGUACCUUACCAGAUGGUGAUGUCAAUGGACAGCGGCGAGAAAACCGUCACAAUCGACCCGCAAACUGGCCAUCAACAGGAAACCAUACAGUAAUUAGGUGUAUCUACUACUACUAGGCAAAUACGUUGACUUCUCAUCACAAGGGCUCUUGGAAAGGGGAUAAAGGCCGAUGGGGUAUUAUAGUACUGAUGAUGAUGAUGAAGAUGAUAAAGAACUUUUAUUCCACAACUCUUUCCACCGAGAGAAUUAACUGUACAAAGAUUUUAUAAAAAUUACGCAGUGACAACCAUAACAUCAGCUGUGCUCACAUUCAAGGUCAAAUGGAUUUACGGAUAACUAUUGAUACGGUGAAACAUAAAAGAUGAAGGCCCUAGAUACUAACUUACGCAAACACAAUUUUACUAAAUAAUUUUAGGUUCUAUCACUUUUAAGAUAACUUUUAUAUGAACUGUUCAAAUAUAUAUGUUAAUUUAAAUUAUAAUCACCAUGACAUGUGGUUUUUUAGGUUGGGUUCUUGUCCCACUUCUCAGAUAACCUGACUUAAGAUGGGUUUUAUCCUUGACAUAAAAUACAGCCAAUCUGCCUCUAAAUGUUUCUCAUGAUUUCGUAAAAAGACGUGUAUGCCGAGAUGUUUAAAAUUCAUGUCACAAAAUGCAUUUCUUGCAUGCUUAUGACGCGAUCGUUUUCUUGGUUUAUUUAUGCUAUACUAGCGGACCCCAGCGCCAUCUGUCGGGCUGAUUUGUGAAUCUUAACCAUCCAGGGUGCCACCCAAACGCAUACCAAAAAAUUCAUUCAAAUCGGUCCAUCCGGCUCGGAUUGUUUUUUUUAUUCCAUCGUUGAAAUAUAGUAUUUACAAAAGUGGCGACAUUGAUGCGCGAGACAAACCGAACACGUUUUAGGCACGAGAUGGGAAAAAUAUCAUUGGUGCCGAUUUUAAGCACGCCCUGUACUUAAGACUUACAUCCGUGUUUUUGCUGCAUAUGCUUCGGUAAUUACCAAAUUCAGUAGUAAAAUACAACACCCAUUCAAUUUUUCUUUGAAUUUAGCCGCUUAUAUACGCAACAGACCGAUUAACAGAAAACAUACAAUUUAGCAGAGACCAACAAGCUGCUGAAAGUUUUGGUUAAUUUGACAUUACUGUUGCGUUAUAUAUGUAUUGCAAUUUAUACAUCCCGUACGUAACCCAUCCAGUGUUUUUAUUACACUUUGUACAGUCAACAUCCUAAUUCCGUUGCGUGUGCAGCGAUCAUAACCUGUUUCUUGAUCUGACCAUGUCUCCUUCCCAGAAUUCCCAGUUUAUUACGGAUUUUGAAAAAUCCCGUGUGAACAAUUUAUUUUCCCGGAAUAAAAAGUAGCCAUUCGUUUUCCCGGAAUAAAAAGUAGCCAAUGUUACUUUUCCGUCUUUUGAAAUAACUUUAUACCAACAAAUAAAGACGUUUUCUUGUUUAGUUAGGGCGUGAAGGAAGGACAAACAAAAAGUCGCAUUGAUAAUAUUAGUAAGCGGUAGAGCGGUUUUAUUGUAUGUAGCGGUUUUAUUUUAUGUAAAUUUUCCCUACUAUUACAUAGUAUGUCAAUGACAAGGUUGCUUGGAUGCAUCCAGCUCCGAUUGCAUCUCUCACUAGAUAGAUAGAGAAAAGUUAAUGUUAAACUUUAAAAUGUAAAUUGUUGAUGUUAGAAAAGAGAACCUGCUGAGUUUCUUGCCGGUUUCUUCUCUGUAGAAUCUGCCUUCCGAACCGGUGGUAGAGUCACUACGCACAGACAGACUUGACGUUUCAAAAGUGCUUAUAUUAGGCCUACUUGAAAUAAAUGAUUUUGAUUUAUCAUACAUGUAUCAUAUAUAUGCACGUGCCAUAAUAGUUCACGGCGACUUGUCAACAGUCCGCAAUGGGGCCAAUUUCUGGGGCCAAAUCAAAUGAAUAGUUACAUUUAAUACGAUCUCCUAGGUUUUUUGAAUUAAUAAAUAAAUUUCCAAAUUGUACAUAUCUUAGGACGAAGGCGUUAAGGUUUUAACAUAUAAGAUUCUACGGUUAUCACUAAAAUAUAUCUCAUUACUUUAUAUAAUAAUGUCAACGAUUUUAUCGUAGUUAAUUAAAUUUGGUGAGGCGUGUUUCACUAUUUCUCAAUUAUUUAUUAUUUAUUAUUCACAAUUAUUUUUAAGAUAUUGAAAAUCUUUGUCUUGCCAUUUUUUAGUCCCGAAAUUAAUUAUCUUUUCACAAAUAUUUAGAUAGCUUGUAUAGGUGGAGGAUUUACCCAUUUGAUGCUGUCUUCAUACUUUAUGCCUACUCCAGUCAAAAACAUUGUGCACGCCACUGUCAAAAUUAUAUCAAAUGGAAACUGGAAUUGUACAUAAGGUUAUAUGAGUAUGACAAUCAUAAUAAAUAGAAGAAAUCGUGAAACACUGCCUCAAAUCUCUUUGUAAGUAAUUUUAUCUAUUAUGGUCUUUCCAAACAUAUCAGGGUCAGAGAGCAUUUUCUUGCAUUUCAUUCUUGUCCGUUUCAUGUUCUGACAGUUGUCUCACACAGUACGUUGACAUAUUGUUACUUAGCAAAACCUUUUUUCUUAUACGAUUUUCAGUGGUGUAUGCAAACAUGUAUAUUGUCAACAUUCAGUAAUACCGAAAUAAAUACGUAACGAAUGCACUGGACAUUAAUGUCAGAUUUGCCUGCUAUGCUAUGAGCAUGUAUUCCUUACAAUACUAACAGAAUCACAAACCUGUAUUGGUAAAGCGAUCAAAAAACCCGUCUCAAGACUCUGUAAAACCUUUUUAAAGUUUUUGGCACUCGGCGGACCGAAUUCUGAAAUAAUUCUGACCCUGCUAUGUCUGAACUGACCCUUACGGUGCCAUGCAAUUGUACCAAAAAUUUUAUCUGUUUUACCUUCGAAGUUCCUCUUGUCUCCACGCGAAAUAUCUUGUGAUUUUAUUUGUAAGUUCAAAAGUGUAACAUAAAGUACAAAAUAAAAAUAUUUUGCACCAAUU